AUGGACGGGUCCCUCCUGCGGGGCCUCCCUGUGCUGCUCUGCUGCUUUAGAGACACUAUCCAGUGCAAGAUGUGCCACAUCAAGUUUCCAGGACACAGAUGCGCCAAAGGCAGGGGGAUAUGUUUGGCAACAGAGGAGGAGGCUUGCACAACUGGGACGAUUGUUAAAAGUGACGGCACUCCGUGGCUGGCCUUCUUGGGCUGCCUGAAGAACUGUGCUAACGUGAACAACAUCAAGUGGAGUAUCUACUUGGUGGACUUGCGGUGCUGCAGGAGCUAUGACUUUUGUAACGACUACAUCUAA